CAGGGAGCGAGCUUCUCUACAGCCACGUAGGCAUUCUCGUCUUCGGAGGAAAAGGCCCAGCAGCUGUCGGAAGAAAAGACCCACCAGCUGUCAGCCAAGGGACAUGUCGCAGCUAAGUAAGAAUCUGGGUGAUUCCAGCCCUCCAGCGGAGGCCCCUAAGCCUCCAGUCUAUAGCCGCCCUACGGUUCUGAUGCGGGCCCCUCCCGCUUCCUCCCGGGCUCCUCCAGUCCCUUGGGAUCCACCUCCAAUGGACUUGCAGGCUUCCCUGGCUGCCUGGCAGGCACCUCAGCCUGUCUGGGAGACUCCGCAGGGGCAGCUGCCUGCUGCGGUUGCUCCACUACCCCAGCCUCCCACCCUUGGGGCCCCGAUGGUCCAGCCUCCCCCUCUUGGGGGGCUGAUGGGCAAGCCUCCGACACCCGGAGUCCUGAUGGUCCAUCCUCCCCCUCCCGGACCCCCAAUUGCCCAGCCUCCGACUCCGGGAGUUUUGAUGGUGCAUCCUUCUGCUCCUGGAGCCCCCUUGGUCCAUCCUCCCCCUCCAGCAACCCCAAUGUCCCACCCUCCUCCUCCCGGGACCCCAAUGGCCCAUCCUCCCCCUCCUGGGACCCCGAUGGCUCAUCCUCCUCCACCGGGUACCCCGAUGGUGCAUCCUCCUCCACCGGGGACCCCGAUGGCCCAUCCUCCCCCACCGGGGACACCGAUGGCUCAUCCUCCACCUCCGGGGACCCCGAUGGCGCAUCCUCCACCUCCGGGAACACCGAUGGGACAGCCACCAGUUCCAGGAGUCCUGAUGACCCAGCCACUGACGCCAGGAGUUCUGAUGGUCCAGCCUCCUGCUCCAGGAGCACCGAUGGUCCAGCCUCCACCACCGGCAGCCUUGAUGACCCAGCCUCCACCUGCAGGAGCUCCGAUGGCCAAGCCUCCAGGUCCUGGUGUCCUGAUGAUCCAGCCUCCAGGUGUGAGAGCGCCAAUCACUCAGCCUCCAGUGUCAGGAGCACUGAUGGCACAGCCCGUGCCCCCCCCUGGGCAGCCUCUGGCUACUUGGGCUCCACAGGGUCAGCCUUUGAUCCUACAAAUCCAGUCUCAGGUCAUAAGGGCUCCGCCACAGAUUCCCCCUGUCCCACAGCCCCCCCAGGUACAGCUGGCCACACCCCCAGGCUGGCAAGCCUCAUCUCCCACCUGGCAGCCCCCCCCCCAAAGCUGGCCAGCCACACCCUUGACCUGGCAGAGCACACAGGUCACCUGGCAGGCGCCUGCAAUAGCGUGGCAGGCACCUCCACCUGUGCGCCAGGGUCCCCCACCCAUCCGGCCGGGCCCACCACCAAUACGUCCCGGACCACCUCCAGUGAUCCGUCAGGCACCGCCUGUGGUCCGCCAGGUCCCACCUGUGAUCCGCCAGGCGCCACCACUGAUCCGCCAGGCACCACCACCCAUCCGGCCAGCCCCACAAGUCAUACCUAGCCAGCCUCAGUUGUGGCAGGCUUUGCCACCACCACCUCCACUGAGGCAGGCCCCGCAGGCUCGGCUGCUGCCCCCGCAGGUGCAGGGGGCUCCGCAGGUGCCUACAGCACCACCAGCGCAGGUACCUGCAGCGCCACCCAUUGGCCCACAGGUGCCCCAGCCAGUGCUGCCGGCCCCGCUGUCUGUCCCAAUGCCUACCCCUCAAGCUGCCCCACAGUCUGUUCCACAGGCUGUGCACUGCCCACCCAUCAUUUGGCAAGCCCCCAAAGGCCAGCCCCCGGUGCCACAGGAGCUGCCGAUGUCGCUGGAGUUCCAGGAGGUGCAGCAGGCCCAGGCAAUGGGCUGGCAGGCACCCAAAGCACCCACUCACUUCUGGCAGCCUCUGCCUGCCCAGGAGGAGCAGGAGCAGGAGCAGGAGCAGGCCACUCCAAUCGUCCAUGUGGAGCAGCAGCAGCCCUUUCGGGGGGCUUCGGCCUCCCAAAAAGUCCUGCAAACUCAGCUACCCACCCACCAGGCCCAGCCCUCGGGCGAGGAGGCAGAAAUGCCCUCAAUGCAACUGCAGCCUUCUUGGCAAGGGCCACCUCCCAUCUUGCAGGCCCAGCCAGGGGCCUCCAUAACUCCGACAAAUUUUCCCAGGGGCUCCCCUAAAUCACUCAUGACUCCAUCAGGAGAAUCCAGGGCCUCUCCUACAGAGCACAGGGGCUCUGCCAAAGAACGGAGGACCUCUGCAAAGGAGAGGAAGGGUCCUCCAAAAGAUCGUAUGAUCAUUGGUGCCACCUUCUGUGCUCCAAGGGCAGCAUCAGCUUCCAGGGCACACAUGCCAGCUUCCUGGAGAAACUUAUCUGCCACAUCAGGCACCUUUACUGCCACCUCAAGGGCCUUCCCAUCUACCUCCCACUUCCAGCCUGCCUCUUCUAAUGCCUUCACAGGUCCAUCUGCCACUUCAGAGAGCCCAAAGUCACUGCCAUUUGCUCUGCAGGAUCCGUAUGCCUGUGCAGAAGCCCUGCCUGCAGUGCCCUGGGUUCCACAGCCUGAUGUGAAUGCCUCACAGGCAUGCACAGCAGUGCCCACCAUUCUGAUGGUGACACCAGCUGCCCCCCAGGCAACAGCCACCAUUCCAGAGGCGUCUACGACCACAGAGCCUCCUCGUCGCUCCGGCAAAGCCACCCGAAAGAAGAAGCACCUGGAGCCCAAAGACGACAGCUGUGGUCAUGGGAUGGCCUCCCGUGACUGGAGGGGGCCCCGGCAGCGGGAGAAUCCCAGGUUUCCUGACUGGGAGAUGCAACGUGCUUUGCAGGUCUUGGAGGAGUGGGAGCACACUCACCCUCAUGGCCCAAAUGGCGGGGAGUGCCCCAAUACCUCCAGGAUCCUGAGUGGCUGGGAGGGACCUAGCACAUCCUGGGCAAAUGUCUGGGAGGGCCCAAGCACUUCAGGAGACUUGGGACUCUGCGACACCUCAGGUAGCCCUCAGCCGUUCAUCUUCCCUGAGGACCUAAGUCUCUCUCAGGGAGGCAGUGCCACCCAGGAGGAUUCCAAUGGGGAGACUCAGCCACCAUCUCCCUUAGAUGCGAAAGCAAAUGCAUUGGUGCAGUUUCCUUUGGUCAAAGACCAAGCCAAGGUGCCCAUCCAGCACUCAGAGAUGGUGAAUAUCGUUAUCCAAGAAUAUAAGAAUGAGUGCUUAGAUAUCCUCAGCCGUGCUAACUCUAAGCUAGAGUGUGCCUUUGGUUGUCAACUUAAGGAAGUUGACACCAAAACCCACACUUGCACCAUCCUCCACAAGAUGGGAUACCCUCAUGGUGCUUUAUUAGCAUCCUAUUUAGAGAAGCCCUUGUUUGGCCUUCUGAUGGUGGUUUUGAGCCUUAUCUUUAUGAAAGGCAAUUGUGUCAGGGAGAAUAUGAUCUUUAAUUUCCUGUUUAGGUUGGGGAUGGAUGUCCAGGAGACAAGUAGUCUCUUUGGAAACACAAAGGAGCUCAUUACUGAUGUGUUUGUGAGGCACAGGUACCUAGAGUACAGGCCAAUUCCAUGCACUCAGCCAGCAGAGUAUGAAUUCCUCUGGGGCCCUAGGGCAUUCCUUGAAACCAGCAAAAUGCUUAUUCUGAGGUUUUUGGCCAGGCUCCAUAGGAGAGAUCCCCAGUGCUGGCAAUUCCAUUACCUUGAAGCACUGGCAGAGUUUGAUGAGGACACAGAUGAGGAGUCCGAUGACAGUGAUGAUUCUGAUGACCCCACGAGCAGCCCCUCUCCCCACUAAUAGGUGUUACCAAAAUGAUCUCAUUCCUCUGGGUCCCUGGCUAAAAGCCACUAACAGGGUAUGGAAGGACACUGUGUUUCUGGUGUUUUGUUCCAGUUGUGUGUCUGUAAGUUUGAAUUUUCAAUCUGGUUUUAUAUCUGCCAAAGCCUUGAACAUGUUCAUGUGGUAUUGAUUUAAA